GUGAUUCAUUUUGGCAACACCUUCCCAUUGUUAUUCCUAAAGCUAUAUAUUAUGCGUGCAUCAGUCAGCUAUCGUACACAGUACCAGUAUCCUCCCAACUUGGUUUCUUAGGCAAACUGGAAAAUAUCUACUUAAUCCUGCAAAUUUUUGAACUAUACAGACCAUCAUGUCCCUAAAAAACUCAAGCAGGAUCCCAAAGGUAAGUGAAAUUACAAAAUGUGUAUACAUAUAUAUGCACACAAACACAUGUACUGUAGGAAUAAUUGUAAAUACAAAAAAUAACAAAUUUUCAACCUCUGAGGGUCUUUCUCAAGAUCUUGAGAAAGACCCUCAGGAGUCGAAACGUUGAUCGGGAGGCUGUUGGUUUUUUGUAUUUUGAUGCACUGAUUAACCUAUUUCAGCUAUUGAAAAACCUUUGAGUGCACCCCAAUUUUUUGGAUUAUUUAAACAACAUGGGUUGGCACCUAGAUAUCUAACAGAUAUGUUUUGAUUAGGUGAGUGGCAAGCUCUUUUGUAUGUAUGUAUGUAUAUAUAUAUAUAUAUAUAUAUACACAAAGUGUACGUAUAAAGAUAGAUUUCCUUUUUAGAACAACUUUUAGAAAACUUUUAAUUAAAAAAUAUAUAUAUAUAGUCUUUCAAAGCAAUGUCUGCCUUGUCUGUGCUAGAAUUAAACUGGAUUGUGAUGUCAGUUGUUACAUCUAUAAUACACAUAUAAGAAAAAUAAAUCUUUGCAUGAAAAACUUUAGCACAGUAAUAGGCUGUUACUUGUUUUAUUCUCUAGUUAAAUUUCAGAGAAGUUACAGUUAUCCUUUAAGGAAUAUGCAUGACUCUGUGUAUAUAUAAACCCACCUAGUAUUUAGAAACAUAGAAACAAAGAAUGUGACGGCAGAUAAGAACCAUUCGUCCCAUCUAGUCUGCCCAAUUUUCGAAAUACUUUCAUUAGUCCCUGGCCUUAUCUUAUAGUUAGGAUAGCCUUAUGCCUAUCCCACGCAUGCUUAAACUCCUUUACUGUGUUAACCUCUACCACUUCAGCUGGAAGGCUAUUCCAUGCAUCCACUACCCUCUCAGUAAAGUAAUACUUCCUGAUAUUAUUUUUAAACCUUUGUCCCUCUAAUUUAAGACUAUGUCCUCUUGUUGUGGUAGUUUUUCUUCUUUUAAAUAUAGUCUCCUCCUUUACUGUGUUGAUUCCCUUUAUAUAUUUAAAUGUUUCUAUCAUAUCCCCCCUGUCUCGUCUUUCCUCCAAGCUAUACAUGUUAAGAUCCUUUAACCUUUCCUGGUAAGUUUUAUCCCGCAAUCCAUGAACCAGUUUAGUAGCCCUUCUCUGAACCCUCUCUAAGGUAUCAAUAUCCUUCUGAAGAUACGGUCUCCAGUACUGUGUACAAUACUCCAAGUGAGGUCUCACCAGUGUUCUGUACAAUGGAAUGAGCACUUCCCUCUUUCUACUGCUAAUACCUCUCCCUAUACAACCAAGCAUUCUGCUAGCAUUUCCUGCUGCUCUAUUACAUUGUCUGCCUACCUUUAAGUCAUCAGAAAUAAUCACCCCUAAAUCCCUUUCCUCAUAUGUUGAGGUUAGCACUCUAUCAAAUAUUCUGUACUCUGCCCUUGGGUUUUUACGUCCAAGAUGCAUUAUCUUGCACUUAUCCACAUUAAAUGUCAGUUGCCACAAUUCUGACCAUUUUUCUAGUUUACCUAAAUCAUUUGUCAUUUGGCUUAUCCCUCCUGGAACAUCAACCCUGUUACAUAUCUUAGUAUCAUCAGCAAAAAGACAUACCUUACCAUCAAGACCUUCUGCAAUAUCACUAAUAAAAAUAUUAAAGAGAAUGGGUCCAAGUACAGAUCCCUGAGGUACCCCACUGGUGACAAGUCCAAGCUUCGAAUAUAUUCCAUUAACUACAACCCUCUGUUGCCUGUCACUCAGCCACUGCCUUACCCAUUCAACAAUAUUUGAAUCCAAACUUAAAGAUUGCAGUUUAUUGAUAAGCAUUCUAUGUGCAACAGUGUCAAAAGCCUUACUGAUCUAUAUUUGUCGUUACUGUUUUUUGUUUUCCAUAGAAUUGCCUGGUAGUUGUACUGCUGACCCUUGGCUUCCUCGUAAUAAUGAGUAAUGCAGCAUGUAUUGAAAACAAGAUGAGACGACCGAGCAAUCUGCCAAAACUUGAUUGUGAGUUAAUUGUACUGGACGAGCUUCAUAUGAGACGCAUAUACAUGUGUCAAUGUUUUAUCCUUGCUUUCUCUCCUUGCUUACUUAGCAAAACUUUAGCAAAAUAUUUCCAUUAAUCAAAACGUCAUAACAGAGCUGUUUCUUAAUUAGUUAGCAUAUUUCUUAUAUUUCUGUUUUGCAAUCAGCAAAAUCCAGUAUUUCAACAGCAAUUGUCUAUCUAUUCCAAAAGGAUUAGUCUAAGCAUAUCAAAAUACCAUAUUGCUAAUAUGAUAAACUUCCGUAUUACAUAUUUGGCAUUAGUGAUGACUCUAAUCAUCUAUGCUAAAUUAUUUGCAUUCUCAAGCUAUAUCCUUGCAGGUACACUUGCAGUAUAUCUGCCAUGGAUGGCCUCUUUCUCUCCAACAUGGCAACUACAGUGCACAUGCUAUAGUUAGUGUAAUUAUUGCUCUAGUGAAAACAAUGUGCUGAUAUCGAAGCCAUGUGGGAGGUCCUCCCUGGUUCCUGGCAGUACUUGGGAAAAGAUAAGUAACUUCAUAAUAGCAAAAUUACUAAAUACAUAUAUAAGUAAAUGCUAAUAUUUCAUAAAUUAUAAAGACUUAAAGACUUUCUCAAGUCUAAGCAAUGUUCCCCUGAAAGCUUGUCAUUACAAAAUUCUGUUAGUACAAUAGAAAUGGUAUUACAAGAUACAAAUUUCAUCUGUUAUUUUACAUCUGCAUCACUGGACUAAUAAGGCUACAAUCUGUAAAACUCUAAUAUAUAUAUAUAUAUAUAUAUAUAUAUAUAUAUAUAUAUAUAUACAUGGACAUAUAUACACAGCACACACAUUUAAUGUACAUACAUACUCGAACUCAAACACUUGGAUACAUAAAAACAACCACAUCCGUAUAUGCAGAGACUUACACACAUACUCAUUCACACAUUCAUAUACGUAAACAUUCAUAUUCACACACAGACUCAUAUCCACACAUUCAUGUAUAUACACAGAUGCAUACAAAUAUACAUUCAUAUACCCACAGACUCGUAUACACAUAUAUUCAUAGACACACAAUCAUUUUUUUUUUCUAUUUAUCUUUACAUCGUGGUUCACCCAUCCUCCUUUUCUUAUCCUGAAGUGGACCCUUAUCUCUGCUUUAUUCAUUGCCCAGCUUGCUGCAGCUCUGUACUGAUGCCAGGGCUGGUGGGAAAUAAGUGCAGACUUGCUGCCUGCUCUGAAGCCACAUACAACAGCCUCACAGCAGGCUGUCUUGUCUGGUGGAAAGAGUGUUCUAUUGCCGCUUGUCAGCUGGGGCAGACCACCUCCUUGCUUCUGCUUGUGUUCAAUGGGGAAAACAGUAUGUAAUGCAAAAAUAAUUCAACCCCAUUUAUAUGUGAGUGAUUAUUUUAGUCACUCCACAAAUGGACCCCUCAAAAUUUCAACGUAAAAAGUCUUUCUCAACUUGAUGUAAAAACCAAAGGAAAAAAAAAGUUACCUGCACAUUUCCCAAAUCCCUAUGCAUAUUUAAAUAAAUGGAGGUUAUUUAGUAACUCCAAUGGCCAUUAGAUGCAAGCCCACAUGCCAUGUCAAGGCAAACCUCUGAUGUGGGUCCUACACUGACUAUUCAUCUUGCUUCCUUGAGCUACUGGCAAAGAAAUCUCUUAUAAGACAGAGAGGGGUAUUUAUAUAAUAUUAUAUAUACCCCUCUCUGUCUCAUUAGAGAUUUACUGGUAUGCAAAUGGAUAUUAUUUUAGUUCCGACGCAGGUAUGUUUAAUAUGCAUCCUAUUAAAAAACGUCCUUAUUUUUAUUCAUUGUAGACUGCAUGGAUAAUGGUGAGAAGCGACCACUGCAAUCAUCGUGGAUCAGGUCUGAUUGCAUGAACUGUACUUGUGGAGCUUCUGGAAUGAUAAGCUGCUGUUCACCGUAAGCAUUAAAGUUAUAUUUAUUUAUUACUGCAAUUUCCUUAUUUCAGCAAUUAAAGUACUGACAAUAAUCACUCCAUGGAAAGAGUUAAACAAUGAUAUAAGAUAUAUAUAUAUAUAUAUAUAUAUAUAUAUAUAUAUAUAUAUAUUGUAAUACAAUUUAGGUCAUAUGUAAUGUUUAUGUGAUGUGCAGGGUUAUAUUUUUCAUAAGGUACACUUAAGAAAAACAAAUGGAAGUAGUUUAGCCUUGACCAUAGUUUAAUCAUAUGUGAUCAUCAUCAUCUGCUCCAGCAUAUUACUCCUCCCUCCCCCAAACCCCCCCUAAAAAAAGGAAAAAAACUAACCUUUUUUUAUUGUUUUAUGGAGUUAUAUGUUGAUUUUGUCUUAAAAAUGGGUAUGUGAAAUGUUUAGUCAUACCUGAGAAUCAGCUAAUCAGUAUUUAUGGACAUGUAAGGAACCAAGAGCAGAUUGCAUCACCUAAAAAGUAUCUCUUUGUGUUUAAGAAUUUUAAGGAAGAUUAUAGGAACUUUAUAUAGGUCAGUAGGAUGAAUAGAUGUCUAAAAUAGCUGUCAGAGGCGUUGCAGCAAUCCAGUUCAGAGGCGUUGCAGCAACGUCAGUCCAGUGAUACAAAUGGAGAGCAAUUAAGUAGACAGGAUUUCAAUAUAAUUACCCCUGACUCACCUUGGAUAAUGUGUCUCUUUACCAAUAUUUCUGAGUGUACAGCUUGGGUCCAAGAAAAUAGCUUGGGUCCUACAUUCUCCUACAUUCUCUGUGCAUUUUACAUACCUUUUUUUUUUUUUUUAAUUACUCUGCACCCUCAAUUGAUUUUUCUAAUCCUUUCAGUCCCAAAGUCAUGUCCCACUCUUCUCUACAAUUACAAUUGUUAUAACCUCUUAAACCACCAUAAUGUUGAUACAUGGAAUAUGGUAAUUCACUCUCCAGUAUCCAUAUUCCCCCAAUGCAUUGCCAUCACUACAUUUACCUAAUUUAUUGCUCCUACGCCACACUCCCUCUAUUAAUUACCUCCAAGAAGAAGAGUGUGUCCUCUUAUUUUUAUUUUACAAAACGUGCAGGUUUUAAAAGAAAUUGACACUUUAUUAAAUUAACCUGGUUACACCCACUAUGCUUUCAAACAGACAACAGGUCAUGUUACUUCCUUGUUUGGUUAGCUCAGUGGAGCUAAUCUCAAGAGGCAACAAUUGCUCAGAGCACCUGCAUUGCAAAGACUUCUCAUUGAGCUGCAUUGAAAAGUCUCUGAUUGGACAACCAUAGAAACUCUAGACUGGGUUAGAAGGCGGUGGUUUGCAAAGGCUGUAGACAUGAGAAUUGCCGGUUUUGAAAGUGGUUUUUAGAUAUAUUUCCAACAAACAAAAAUGCAUAAUUUAAUGCAUGCGAGUUUUCCUUUGAGGUAUAUCUACUAAACACCAUUUUUAUUUAGCUUGUAUUUGGGCAGUGGGGUGUCCCUUUAAUAAUUGUGUUUCAUAGAAUAGCAGAAUUUUUUCAUCUGUCCUUGACCAUAACUGUGUCUUUUAACAGCUUGGAACCCCGAAGUGAAGGCUGUAUAGCUGUAUUUAAUCAAGCCACCUGCACCUACACUUUGAAGAGAGCCGACAACAGUAACAAAGAAUGUGUACCCGAAAUGUCUAUGUGAAUACUGCAAAAUAUUCUACAAAUCUUAAUAUAUAUGUCAUGUGUGUUCUAACCAUGUACCUCCUGUCAGUGUUGAUUUUAAAUAUGUAUUCUUGUGAAAGCUCACAGCUUAGCAAUGGAUCACAAAUUCGUUUACAGGUCGCACUUCUAUAAAGAAGCUUGUCAAUAUUGUAUAGAUUUUAGGUAGAAUGAAAAUCAAUGCUGUAUAGUUUUUAGUACAAGAUGUGUAAAAAGUAUAUUUCUUUUUGCUUUUUUUAACUCAAUGACUUGCUAAUGCUUAAAUAGCUCAUCAGUUGCGCAAGAGACUCUUUGAUUUUAAACAACCUCACCUUAAAUUGUGCAACAAUGGUGCUGUGCAGCGAGUAAUUAUAGAUUUAAAAGUAAUAACAUCACCAAGCACAAACAUGUACAAAAUAAUUAUUUCUUGCUGCAUUAGAUAAUCCAAAUAUUAUUCCAUAUAGUGAUGUCACAAGAUGGCAAAGCAACACAUUUUUUGGUUCAUUUAAAAAUCGAGCACCGCAGCCUGUUUGUAUGAGACACAUAGAUUUUUCCUUAAAACGUAAAGGAACACAGAGAUGUAAAAUGAACCACCAUGAUUAAUUAAUCAUUUACCCCUACAUAAGAUUGAUACAAACAAAUUGCAGGGGGCAUUUUUCAUUUGUCACCUGGUGGCAGAUAUAAUUUAUGUGUCCAUUGGCUGAUUCACCAAUUAUAUCUUUACAUCCACUUGAAAAGAGUCAAAGAACCUAUGUAUAAAGACAUUGCCAUUCUAAAAGGGACAAAAUAUCUAUUUGAACAUAUUACCGUUGAUUUGUAGCUAAUAAAAAUAUUUAGUUUUUUUUAACAAGAAAUGAACAGUAUUCAUAUCAUCUAAAGUAAAGUGCCACAUGUGAGUCUACUAACACAACAUACGAGAGUCUUAAUUAAUUAUAUUUUUAGUAGAUCUCACUAGAAGCUGUUUUAUAAAAAGAGGGGACAUGCCAAGUCCACAGAAAUUAAAGGAUCACUAUAGGGUCAGGAACACAAACAUGUAUUCCUGAUCCUAAAGUGUUAACAUCACCAUCUAGUGCCCCUGGGCCCCUCAUGCCUCCAUAAAUAUAGCAAAAUCUUACUGUAUUCAAGCCAGAAGCUUUUUAGCAGUACAUGGUGAUUUGACAGGUUACUGUGCAGUUCAAUUGUUGAGUAUGUAAAAAAUAUAUUUUAUCUUUAAUAAGUGACCAAAUAAAAGUCUCUCGAGAACAACCAUUGUCAUUUUUGUAAAACUCACAAAUGGUGUCAUUGGUGGACUCUAAAUUGAACAAAUGACAUAAGGGACUCUGUAAUUUUUUUCGGGUGGCCUCAUACACUUAUAAGUAGUUUGUGAUGCUAGAAUGGAAAAUAAAGAAUUCUAUGCACCCCGUACCAGAAACCCGGGUUGUAAUUUUUAAUUAAUGUAUCGGUCCCAAAAUUGAAAUUUUAGAUUUUUGAUUUUAUUUUUAUUUGUGAAAGAGAUUCCAUGACAUAAAUAAAUAAAAAUAUAUAUUUUUAAAAAA